AUGUGGAUCGGCGUGAAGCACAAGACUCUUGUCUUCGACAAUGCAGUGGCUGCCGCCAUCACUAUCAAGGAUAUCCUCAGUCAAGCCGGCUUCCCCGAUAUUGAGGUCGCUUUUCGCGAGUCGGAGGUGACCCACUCUGCUGGCCUGAAGCUCCUCCCCUUCAACCCCCUCGUCGACCCCAUCCCCGAUUUCCGCAAGCCUUUUACACCCACAUUAGGUCUCUCCAUUACCCCGUUCAAGACGCCCUACUACGAAGGAACCGGUGCCCUCUACUUCCGCCUCAGCAGAGACGACGACCGCGUCGUCCUUCUCACUGCUGCCCACGUCGCUCGCCCUCUUCCACCACGUGAGGAAAUCGUUGCUCUCGGCAGUAUGGGUUACCAGAAUGCUACAAACAUCAGGAAAAAGUCACAUUUCUUAUAA